GUGACGCGGCCCCGCUCCGUGCUCCCGCGCCGCCGCCGCCGCCGCCGCCGCCGCCGCACGCCGAUGGCUGCGGGCUCUCGCGGCGCCGCACAGGCUCCACGAGGCGAGCGACCCCAGGGUUCAGGGAGGCAGCGACUGCAGCUCGGACCGGGAGGGCGGCGCGCAGGCCUGCCGUAGUGUCGUCACCGCGGCGGCGCGGGCUCCGGAGCCCCGAGCCCAGGCAGCAACGCCGACGCCCUGCGCGCACCCCCUCCGCGGCCCCCUCCUCCGCGGCCCCGCGGCCUCCAUCUUCCUCUGGCUGCCGGUGGCAGCGCUCGUCUGCGGAGCGGGGUUGAAAGACACACAGAAGUCUUCAUGGAUAUAGUUGAUACAUUUAAUCAUUUAAUUCCUACUGAACACUUAGAUGAUGCCCUAUUUCUAGGAUCCAACCUGGAGAAUGAAGUCUGUGAGGAUUUUAGUACAAGUCAAACUGUCUUAGAGGACUCGCUGAAGAACAUGCUCAGCGAUAAGGAUCCUAUGCUAGGAUCUGCAAGUAACCAGUUCUGUUUGCCUGUUUUGGAUAGCAAUGAUCCCAAUUUCCAGAUGCCUUGUUCAACAGUUGUUGGUCUUGACGAUAUUAUGGAUGAAGGAGUUGUUAAAGAAAGUGGUAAUGAUACCAUUGAUGAAGAAGAAUUGAUUUUACCAAACAGGAAUUUGAGGGACAGAGUAGAAGACAAUUCAGUGAGAUCACCAAGAAAAUCACCUCGUUUAAUGGCACAAGAACAAGUAAGAAGUUUGCGACAAAGCACUAUUGCCAAGCGUUCAAAUGCAGCACCACUAAGCACAAAAAAGCCAUCUGGGAAGACUGUAUCUACCCCUAAAAUAGGGGUGAAACCAUCAGAAAGAUGUCAGAGUAAAGAAGAAAUAUAUACGUCACUGAAAUCCGACUACCCUAAGGAGAGUAGAAGGAGUAACCGGCAUGCUGAACCAGUCGAUGUGGUACCAGAAGUCUCAGCAUCUUCUGUUGACGCUUCAUUGUCAUCUUGUGUUGAAAUGAAGGAGGAAGCUGAAUUAGAUCCCAAACAUGCAUGUAAUAACCAGGGUGAAAUGAAUGUGCCAUCUCCUGAGUUAAACUGUUCACUUCUUUCAGAAACUUGUGUUAGUAUGGAAGAAGAGAACACUGAAGCGCUGAUGGAAUGUAAAGCUAAAACUGAUAGUAGCCCAUUGUUUAAGUUUUCAGAUAAGGAAGAUGAACAGGACGGUCUUGUUUCGGGUGCAGUGGAAGACACUGUUGAAGAAAGGAGUGCAGUGGGAGAACGUGAACGAGAGUCAGGGGAGCUAAUGUUCCCCUGUGAAGGUGGCCAGAUGACCGAGGGGCCUGAGUCUUCUGAUGUGUCCAGGGACUCUGCCUGUCCAGAGAAAAAUAAGACAGAAAAAAAUGAAGCGCCUGAAUGUAAUUUGGAAUUGAAGAGUACCAUAGGUACUGUAGAUAAAGCUGAGAACUCUCUUCAAAGAAAUCAAAUAGAAACAUCGGGAUAUUGUGAGGACAUGGAGUCUAACGAUGUUCCCUUACAGAGCACAGAGUUAAAGAAAUCAAAUUUGGAGGAGGUUGAUACUUGUGCUUUUGAACCAGAAACUAGUACUUCUGAAAAUACUAUUUGUGAUGCUCCUGAGCAAAAUCCAAAGCAGCUGAAUACUACUCAAAGUAGUAAAAUGGAUCCUCAUGAAACAGCAGAUCUUCAGGAUGAUAGAAGUGGUUUAGAGACCAAAAAUAUAAAAUCUAAACACAUAAAAUCCAUAACUCAUUCUAAACAAAGCAUGACCACAGAGACUCCAAGAAAAACUGUUUCAGUGAAGCAUGACACAGUUCCUAGCAGAACUAAAUCUAAUGUCAAGAGUGUGAAGCGAAAUGCUGAUGAGCCAGCUCCCCAGCAUGGUUUUCAGAGGCCAGUCAAAGUGAGAAGAGGCCAGCUUGAUAAGGAUUUGAAGAAUCAGAGUUGUAAUUCUGGGGUUAAAUCUGUGAAAAGCCAAGCUCAUUCUGUAUUGAAAAAAACCUCACAAGAUCAAAAUGUAAUUCACACUUCCAAACCUGUAACUCAUUCUCUUAGUGAUAAGCUUCAUGGUCACUCUGGCUGCUCUAAGGAGCAGCAUCAUCCUGCACAAACUGGACACUUAAUCCAUUCCAGCCAGAAACAGAGCCAUAAGCCUCAGCCACAGGCACCAGCAGUGAAGGUCACUGGCCAUGUCAAGGAUGAACAUGAACAUUCAGGCAGUGAGCAUGUGAAGGAGGAAGAGAAACUGAAACUAAAAAGACCUGAGAAAAACCUACAGCCUCGCCAAAGGAGAAGCAGCAGAAGUUUUUCUCUGGAUGAGCCUCCUUUGUUCAUUCCAGACAACAUAGCCACUGUAAAAAGAGAAGGGUCAGACCAGACCUCCACAAUUGAAAGCAAAUAUAUGUGGACUCCCAGCAAGCAAUGUGGGUUUUGUAAAAAACCACAUGGCAACAGGUUUAUGGUUGGCUGUGGGCGCUGUGAUGACUGGUUUCAUGGUGACUGUGUUGGGUUAAGUCUUUCCCAAGCACAACAAAUGGGAGAGGAAGACAAAGAAUAUGUUUGUGUAAGAUGUUGUGCUGAAGAAGAUAAAAAGACUGACAUUUUAGAUGCAGAUAUUUUAGAAGACCAAACUACAGUUGAAGCCCACAGUGAAGAGAAAACAAUGGAGUGUGAAAAACUUGGGUCAUCGAAGCACAUGGUAGCCAAUGAUAAAAACAAAUCAGUGGAUGAUACUGUAAAGCACAAGGUCAAAAUUUUGAAACGGGAGUCUGGUGAGGGAAAAACUUCAUCUGACAGUAGAGACAAUGAAAUUAAAAAAUGGCAGCUAGCACCUCUUCGGAAGUUGGGACAACCAGUUUUACCUCGGAGAUCAUCAGAAGAAAAAAGUGAAAAAAUACACAAAGAAUCUACAACUAUUACUUGCACAGCAGAAAAAGCAUCAAAAUCAGGUACUCAUGAGAAGCAAGAGAUGAAAAAGAAAAAAGUUGAAAAAGGAGGACCUCAUGUGCACCCUCCUGCUGCUGCUUCCAAACCUUCUGCAGAUCAAAUCAGACAGAGCGUCCGGCAUUCCCUUAAAGACAUUCUUAUGAGAAGACUUAUAGACUCAAAUUUGAAGGUUCCAGAGGAAAAGGCAGCAAAGGUUGCCACAAAAAUUGAAAAAGAACUUUUCUCUUUUUUUCGAGACACGGAUUCCAAGUAUAAAAAUAAAUAUAGAAGCUUGAUGUUCAAUCUAAAAGAUCCUAAAAACAAUAUAUUAUUUAAAAAAGUCCUAAAAGGAGAAGUAACCCCUGAUCACCUUAUAAGAAUGAGUCCUGAAGAACUAGCCUCUAAAGAGUUAGCUGCGUGGAGACGAAGGGAAAACAGACAUACCAUAGAGAUGAUUGAGAAAGAGCAAAGAGAAGUGGAAAGACGACCAAUCACGAAAAUAACUCACAAAGGUGAGAUAGAGAUCGAGAGCGAUGCCCCAAUGAAAGAACAAGAAGCGGCCAUGGAAAUACAGGAACCUUCAGCCAAUAAGUCAUUGGAGAAGCCAGAAGGAACUGAAAAACAAAAAGAAGAAGUUGACUCCACAUCUAAAGAUACCACUGGUCAACACAGACAGCAUCUUUUUGAUCUGAACUGCAAGAUAUGCAUAGGUCGAAUGGCACCACCUGUAGAUGAUCUUUCUCCCAAAAAUGUGAAAGUUGUUGUUGGAGGAGCUCGUAAACAUUCAGACAACGAAGCAGAAAGUUUGGCAGAUGCUUUGUCUUCAACUACAAAUAUUCUGGCUUCUGAAUUCUUUGAGGAAGAGAAACAAGAAUCUCCCAAAUCAACGUUUUCUCCUACGCCACGUCCAGAGAUGCCUGGAACUGUUGAAGUUGAGUCUACCUUCCUGGCUCGAUUGAACUUCAUCUGGAAAGGUUUUAUCAAUAUGCCGUCGGUGGCAAAGUUUGUUACCAAAGCCUACCCUGUAUCUGGAUCCCCUGAGUACUUAACAGAGGAUCUACCAGAUAGCAUUCAAGUAGGUGGCAGGAUAUCACCACAGACAGUUUGGGAUUACGUGGAAAAAAUAAAAGCAUCAGGAACCAAGGAAAUCUGUGUGGUUCGCUUCACACCAGUCACUGAGGAAGAUCAAAUUUCUUAUACUUUGCUGUUUGCAUACUUCAGUAGCAGAAAGCGUUAUGGCGUAGCUGCUAACAACAUGAAGCAGGUUAAAGAUAUGUACCUUAUUCCUUUGGGUACUGCAGAUAAAAUUCCACACCCUCUUGUGCCUUUUGAUGGACCUGGACUUGAGCUGCACAGACCUAAUCUGUUGUUGGGCCUAAUCAUCCGUCAGAAGCUGAAGCGGCAGCAUAGUGCUAACGCAGGCCCUAGUCACACUGCUGAGACUCCUGAGACUGCCCCGGCAGCCUUGCCACCUGACAAAAAAGGUAAAAUGGAGUCCUCCACAGAGGAGACUGCCGAGGAAGAGAAUGACUUCUUCAACUCCUUUACAACUGUGUUACACAAGCAGAGAAACAAGGCCCCGCAGCCUCUUCAGGAAGACCUGCCAGCAACAGCUGAACCUUUGAUGGAAAUCAGUAAGCAGGAGCCACCAAAACCCUUAAGGUUCCUUCCUGGGGUCCUCAUAGGCUGGGAAAAUCAACCUUCUACUCUGGAAUUAGCCAAUAAGCCUCUUCCUGUGGAUGAUAUCCUCCAGAGCCUUUUGGGCACUACUGGUCAAGUGUAUGAGCAGGCUCAGCCAGCUGUAGAACAAAGCACCCUUAAAGAAAUUCCUUUUAUAAGUGAUCAAACCAACCCGAAAGUAGAGAAAAUAGAUAAAGUGGAGGUACCUGAAGGUGAAGCCAAGGAGAUUAAAGUAGAUAAUAUUUCAGAAUCUACAGGUAAAAAUUCAGGAGUAGAAGAAUCUUCGUUGGUGGGAUCUUCUUCGGUGGGAUCUUCUUCCAAUUCUCCAGGGCCUUUGGUGAGUCUUAGUCUGAGAGGGAAACCACCAGAUGUUUCUACAGAAGCAUUCUUAACAAACUUAUCAAUUCCAUCAAAACAAGAGGAAACUGUGGAAAACAAAGAGAGAACAUUAAAAAGACAGCUGCUCCAAGAUCAAGAGAGUAAUUUGCAAGAUAAUCGGACUUCAAGUAAUUCUCCAUGCAGGCCUAGUACAGGAAAGGGAAACAUAGAUGGCAAUGUGAGUUGCAGUGAAAAUCUUGCUGCUAACACAAGGUCCCCACAGUUUAUCAAUCUGAAAAGGGAUCCUAGGCAAGCAGCAGGACGAAAUCAGCAGGCAACCUCAGAAAGCAAAGAUAUGGAGAGCUGCCGGAAUGGAGACAAGCAUGCUCUGCCUGGUCCACCACACAACCAGGAUCUCUUAGCAGAGCCCGUCAGUGGAGAGGGAAAGCUGUCUUCUGUAGAGAAGAACUCAUGUGGAGAGCAGGAUGAUGAUUCUGAGGCUGUACAAAACUCAUCCUCAGUAGAAAACUUCAAUUCUUCACAGGCAGAGCAAGCCAAUCCUUUACAGGAGGAUAUUUUAACACAAAAUAUUGAAACCGUCCACCCAUUUAGAAGAGGAUCGACUACAGGACCAUCUCAAUUUGAAGCUGGAAGUACAUGCCAAUCAGAAUUUCCUUCUAAAAGCAUCAACUUUACUUCUAGGAGUACCAGCCCCAGGGCAAGUGCAAACUUUUCACCUAUGAGGCCACAGCAGCCCAGUCUGCAGCAUCUCAAGUCUAGCCCUCCUGGAUUCCCGUUUCCAGGCCCUCCAAACUUCCCUCCCCAAAGUGGGUUUGGAUUUCCACCACAUUUGCCACCUCCGUUACUUCCCCCUCCAGGCUUUGGCUUUCCUCAAAAUCCCAUGGUUCCUUGGCCACCCGUUCAUCUCCCAGGCCAACCACAGCGAAUGAUGGGGCCCCUUUCACAAGCAUCAAGGUAUAUGGGCCCACAAAAUUUUUAUCAGGUCAAAGACAUUCGGAGACCAGAAAGGCGCCAUAGUGACCCUUGGGGUAGGCAAGACCAACACCAACUGGACAGGCCGUUUAAUAGGGGUAAAGGGGACCGUCAGAGGUUUUACAGUGAUUCCCACCACUUGAAAAGAGAGCGUCAUGACAAAGAGUGGGAGCAGGAAUCUGAGAGGCACAGACACAGAGACAGAAGCCAAGAAAAAGACCGAGAUAGGAAAAGCAAAGAGGAAGGACACAAAGAUAAGGAGAGGGCACGGGCAUCCCAUAGUGAUCGAGCAACAGAUGGGAAAGCAGGCAGAGAGAGUAAGAAUGCAGACAAGAGACCGGACCAGGAAAAGGAGAAGGAACGAGAGAAGAACAAACACAGAGAAGGGGAGAAGGACAGAGAGAGGUACCACAAAGACAGGGACCACACUGACAGAGCAAAAAGCAAAAGGUGAAGUUUGCAGGCUGCUUCAACGUCACAUUCAAAACUGUUCCAUGUUGUGUAUCUUUAUAAGAUUGCCUGGUAGGACUGCCAUCUUUAAAUCUCCACUGUUGGUGGUUUGCAGAGCAGUAAACUGUCAGAGCAGAGUGCUCUGUCUGCACCAGUGCCCACCAUCCUUCACACCACUGUCCUACUUACAGGAAUUUACUAUUUUUAAAAGUUUUACAAUGCUGUAUAUUCAAAGAUUGUUUUAUUAAUGCAAUAAAGGCUUAGAAAUUUUAGUUUUAUUCCUUAAUUGGCAAAUAUGGUUAACUAUGGAAUAUAUUUACUGCCUCUAGUGAAUGUCCUUUAUAUAAUGACUAAUUUGAAAGUAAUCUGUGCUCUGUACAUUGUUUUCAAUUGCACUGUUUUAAAAAAAAAAUGUAGAGGAGCAACAAAAGCCAGGCGACUUCCUAAUCAGACCAUACUAAUCAUCUAGCUGGGCAGCUUUUGACCGUGAAUCGGAAGCCCAAGGAGUCCAUUUAUUGCUCUAAUCUGUACUUAUUGAAGGCAUUUCUUACCAUGUACUGCAGUUUGUGGUAGGCCAUAUUCCUUUCCUUUCUGGCUCUUCAGAAACUUGAAUACUUAAGCUUGUACAUGAUCUUGUGUUUUGCUAUCCUUUUUACUGUAAAAUGUAAAUAUUUUAAGGGAUAUUUUGAUUCUAAAUAUGAUAAAAGAAUUUCUCACCUACUUUGUGUGUGUGAUUUGAAAUUCAGUAGUAAAAGAGGUUCUUCAAAUCUUCUUUUCCUUGAGACAUUAUUCUUUUCCUCAGCAAGGAUAUGUAGACAUAAUGUCAGACAUUACCUAAGAGGAAUGGCUGUUUUUCAAUCCUAGAUGUACCACUUCAAAAGAGGCUAGUAUUUAGAACUGCCAGCAGGGAGCUUUGCAGUUACCUGCUUAGUUGCUGUUAUGACUCUGAACACUUAUAUAUGAUCAAACUUUGUUAUACGGACUCAGUAAUCAUUGUAAAACUGCAGAACUUUUAAGUGAAAUGUAUUUUGAAUUUUUUUUUUUUUUUUUUUUUUUUGGUAAAAUGAUUUGUUUGUAGGGCAACUGUAAAACUUAAUAUGCCAGUUUGACUUGAAAUAGAAAAUACCCAAGACUGUUGCUCUUUCAGAUCUAAACUUACCUACACCCUGAAAUACAUCAUGUGCUGAUGUUUAAAACAUAAAGCUAUGGUAGCUGCCAGAUGAUGUUCACACUUGAGACCCAAUCAAGAGCGAUCAGUGUUCUUACCUACUUGUAUCUGUGAAGAAGAAUGCCAGUAACUCCACAAAAAUUAAGAAAAUUGUUCAUAAAGGGGAGUUACCAGGUUUUUGAAACGGAAUUAGCCUUGCUAUUCUCACUAGAGAAAAUAGCAGUCAAACAUUUUGUCUGAAUUGCAAGGAUUACAAUAUACUUCUUUCAUCUUUGCCUCUGAAGUUUAUCAUCAUCAUGAAAGUUCUAAAAUGAAGGGUUUUCAUUUAAAUAAAAUAUUUUUUAACUUUGG